CAUAUUGUGACCUAUCCUCCCUCAUUGCAGCGAAGAACAGAUAAGAGAUGCGAGCUAGGGUGACUGUAGCAAAUACCGAUGGAUAGAACUGAGAAUACACAGACAAUGUUCAUUUAGAAUUCUUCAUGUUUUGUAGUUUAACGUCAUAGGAAUUCAAAUCAAAUCUGUCCGUUCAAAGAGGGGAUUGUGCGAAACAGAAGGGUUUUUGUGACGUUAGAUGACUAGCUAACGUUGGGCAACGGCAAUCAAAUCAGUUUUACUGAUUUUUAUAACCGACGUCGCUGAUAUUACGAAGUGCGCAUAUCGUCAUACAACCCGGUCUUCCUCAUUGACGCAGUCCGAAGAGUGCUGGUUCGGAGAAUGCUAAAGAAUGAGUCAAAGGGAUACCUUGAUUCAUUUGUUUGCCGGAGGGUGUGGGGGAACAGUGGGUGCUAUUCUGACUUGUCCACUGGAAGUGGUAAAGACCAGACUACAGUCCUCUCAUGUCACCUUCUACAUCUCUGAGGUGCAGCUCAGCACUGUCAACGGGGCCAGUGUGGCUCGCAUGGCCCCCCCGGGACCCCUCCACUGCCUCAAGUUGAUACUGGAGAAGGAGGGACCGCGCUCGCUGUUCAGAGGCCUUGGGCCCAACCUGGUGGGUGUGGCUCCUUCCAGAGCCAUCUACUUUGCAUCCUACUCCACUGCCAAAGAGAAGCUGAACGGCGUGUUUGAGCCCGACUCGACGCAGGUCCAUAUGGUGUCUGCAGGCCUAGCAGGGUUCACUGCUAUCACGGUGACCAAUCCCAUCUGGUUGAUCAAGACCCGGUUGCAGCUGGAUGCCAGGAACCGUGGCGAGAGGCGCAUGAAUGCGUUUGAGUGUGUGCGGCGGGUCUACCAGACGGAGGGCUGGCGAGGCUUCUAUCGGGGUAUGUCUGCCUCGUAUGCCGGCAUCUCCGAGACAGUCAUCCAUUUUGUCAUCUAUGAGAGCAUCAAGCGCAAGCUGGUGGAGUCCAGGGCCCAGGCCAGCAUGGAUCAGGACGAGGACGAGUCGGUGAGGGAUGCCUCAGACUUUGUGGGCAUGAUGCUGGCCGCCGCCACCUCCAAGACCUGUGCCACGUCUAUCGCCUACCCCCAUGAGGUGAUCCGCACCCGGCUACGAGAGGAGGGCAGCAAGUACCGCUCCUUCUUCCAGACAUUACUGACAGUACCUAAGGAGGAGGGCUACCGCGCCCUGUACCGUGGUCUCACCACCCAUCUGGUCCGCCAGAUCCCCAACACCGCCAUCAUGAUGUCCACCUACGAGAUGGUGGUCUACCUGCUACAACGCUAGCCCCUCCCUGUCUGGAGAGAAAGUAGGAAGUGACUGACUUGGUUGGGCAUAUUUAAGAUGGAGACCAAAGGAACACUGAUAUGGACCAGAACCAAGAAGAAAGAACAGGAGCCCCCCCCUACUCCCAAACCAACAACCCCACCCCCUACAGGCUGACCCUCAAGGGGGCUCUAUGGUCUGGGGACAGAGAAAGGAUAGGGUGGGAGGAGGAAAUAGGGACAGAGAGAAACAGUUGGGUCAGUCUUUUAUAGAGCAUGUCAAACAGGAGAUGUCUCUGAAGGAAAGACGGAUAUCAUGUUGUGGCCUUUAAAGAGUUUUAAGUUUGUCGCCGUGUCUUUGUAGAAUGAAACCAAUCUGCUUUAGCCUGUAUCGGAAAUGACAGUCUGAAAGGGAAUGCUUGAAAACAAUCAUUCUAAAACUGGUGUCAUAACAACACUGAACAUUACAUAAAAUUCUCCAGUAGAUGCAUUUGAUUAAACUUUUCCACUAGGAUUUAGCAUGUAAGCUAAUAUUUGAAACAAGCUUUGCAUGCUCUGUUUCAGUAACUUGAACCCAAGUUUGGUGGGUGGGUGUCUUUUAUUUUCAACUGAUUUUUUCCCCAGAUCAAUUUCUCAAGCAAGAAUUUUACUAGGACUGUUUGAGUAGGGAGGGGAAAACUAGCCGCUAUUGGAAGAGAGGUUUGGAACUCUUUCUUAUUGGUCUAUUAACUGAUUUCAAAGCUCCAUCCCACCAAAACGGGCUGAAAUUUCAGGUCUCUUCAAACAGCUCUUACACUAAAAAGGCAUUAUCAUAAUUUUUACAACUUCACAAUAUUAUUCUAACCUCCAUAGUGUGUAAAUGUGUAUAAAACACAGUAAAAUCAUGUGCACUGGGCCGUUAGAGCCAUGUAACAAAGUAAACGCCAACAUAGCGUUGGGCCACUACAAGCAACCAAACAGCUUCAAUGCGCUUUGGCAUAGAUUCAACAAGUGUCUGGAACUCUAUUGGAGGGAUGCCACACCAAUCUUUCAUGAGAAAUUCCAUCAUUUGGUGUUUUGUUGAAAGUGGUGGAAAAUGGUGUCGGGCGUCGCUCCAGAAUCUCCAAUAAGUCUUCAAUCAGGUUGAGAUCUGGUGACUAACCCCUCUAUUUUCCUACGAAACCCCUCCUUUUAAAGUCCCUGAGAAAAAACUGGACAUUUUUAUACAUGACCCUAAGCAUGAUGGGAUGUUAAUUGCUUAAUUAACUCUAGAUCCACACCUGUGUGGAUGCACCUGCUUUCAAUUUACUUUGACUCUCAUUUACGCAAGCGUUUUCUUUUAUUUUGGCAGUUACCUGUAUAUCAAAAGAGAAUAGCAAGCAAACCAUACAUGCACUACAAUGAGUUUGGCUUCAAGCAUUCCCCUGAAGGUCAGAGUUUCCUGUUAUAGUCUGAAGCAAUGCAUAUGGUGCACUGCUGCACAAGACUAGUGAUCGCCGAUCACAACACAUGCCUCACACUUAACCAGUGGUUUAUUUGUAUUGAAAGCUGACUAUCAUUUCAGUGUUUUUGUAUAAUGGUAUUGUUUCUCUGAUACUAGUCAUUGUGAAGGUCCUAGUUGUCUCAUGAAUGAACUAGACUUCACUGCCCUAGAAGGGUACCAACAUUUAGCAGGUUAGAGAUCUAUCUACCGGUGUGAUGCCGCUACUUGAUAAGUUAAGUGUUGAAGCCAGGUUGUGUUAAUGUUAUUUCAACACUACUCCCAACCUGUGUGUUCGCAAGACUCGUACUGUGACCAUAAGUGUGUGCGAGAGAAAGUGUGUGUGUGUGUGUGUCGAUGUGCAUUUGACUCCGUUUGUGUAUUUGUGUGUGUGUGAGGUGAGGUGAGAGCGAACAUCCCUGAUAUCUGGUAGAGUUCCCUCCACUAAAAGUGAAUCAUGUAUACUGAACAAAAAUAUAAAUGCAACAUGCAACAAUUUCAAAGAUUUUACUGAGUUACAGUUAAUAUAAGCAAAUCAGUCAAUUGAAAUAAAUAAAUUAGGCCCUAAUCGAUGGAUUUCACAUGACAGGAAAUACAGAUAUGCAUCUGUUGGUCACAGACACCUUAUUAAAAGAAGUGGUCCUCGCAAUGGGCCUCAGGAUCUUGUCACAGUAUUUCUGUGCAUUCAAAUGUCCAUUGAUCAAAUGCAAUUGUGUUCGUUGACAUCAGCAAACCGCUUGCCCACACGACGCCAUACACGUAGUCUGCAGUUGUGUGGCUGGUUGGACAUGCUGCUAGAUUCUCUAAAAUGACGGAGGUGGCUUAUGGUAGAGAAAAUAACAUUCAAUUAUCUGGCAACAUGUGGACAUUCCUGCAGCCAACAUGCCAAUUGCACACGCCCUCAAAAUCUGCGACAUCUGUGGCAUUGUGUUUGACAAAACUGCACAUUUUAGUGGCCUUUUAUUGUCCCCAGCAAAAGGUGCACCUGUGUAAUGAUCAUGCAGUUUAAUCAGCUUCUUGAUAUGCCACACCUGUCAGGUGGAUAGAUUCUCUUGGCAAAGGAGAAAUGCUCAUUAACAGGGAUGUAAACAAAUUUGUGCACAACAUUUUAGAGAAAUAAGCUUUUUCUGUAUGGGAAAUUUCUGGGAUCUUUUAUUUCAGCUAAUGAAACAUGGGACCAACACUUUACAUGUUAUAUUUUUGUUCAGUGUAGAUCACUAAGGUUAGGAGCAAGGCCGAGCUACUGUACAUUAGUGGUCCAUCCCAGCUCCUACGCCCGAGCCCUGCCUUACCAGUGGCUUCCAACUCAACAUUUAUGACCUUUUGGGACUUGUGCUUAACAUUCUUGUGUGUGUGGGACAUUUUAAUCUUGUAUUAUAAGAAUAGUGUUACUGUAUAUGCAAAAACUGUAUUUUGCUCAACAGUUCCCAUUUGCAGAUAUUGUACAGUUGAGUACUUCAUCUUGCAAAGGAUUUUCAUUUGUGUGUUUAUAUAGUAUAUGCAUAUCAACUAUUGUGUAUAUUUUGCUUAGAUCCAAGUAUUAUUAUACUGCAGUUCAGUUGCAAAUGAUUUGUUUGACUGUUUGUGUACUACUGUCAAGAUGUUUGAACCUGUUGCAACAUGGUGUGUUUAUUUUUAUUUUGUUAAAGUUGUGUAUUAUAAUAUUGUAUUUAAUUUUACAUCAUAUAAGGCUUGAUGCUGAAAGAUGGUCUUUAAUUUUAUGGCAUUCAUAAAAUAAUUGGAUUUGGUGUAAAUUACCUUAAAAUAUAUAUAUUUUUUACCCUGUUUGCUAUCCAUAGUAACCUCUAUCUAAGUGUGUAGACUGCUACUACAUCCUAUCAGCUCUUAACAUAGUAAUUUAGUAGACACUCUUAUCCAGAGCGAUUUUACAGGAGCAAUGAGGGUUAAGUGCCUUUGUUCCAAAUUCUCAAUCUGGCAUUUCAAUAAAUAAAAAAAUAAAACAGAUUGAGCUCAAUCUUACUGAAUAUUUAUAUUAUUGUAGUGUCAAUAUGACAAUAUUGUUUUGUCAUUCAAGUUGCCCUGAAGUAGUUUAAAACUGAUUCUGGAUUCCUGAUUUUAAAUACUUUUCGGCAGUGCAGAGGCUACAUGAGAUUAUAAUGCGUAUCAUUUAGAUGGAUGUAAAUAUCCUUCUGUACAUGGAAGCUUUGAACCACAGUGUCUUUAUCUACAAUAGUUGCUCAUUUUCUCAUGCCAAUUUCAAGUAAUUUCCUUUCCACUGAAAUACUGUAUUAAAACCGCAAUGUGAAUGAACAUACUGGAGUCCUUUUCCCACAGACUACAGCGUAGCUGUUAUCGUUACUGUCAGUGCCCUGAUAGUCAUACUGACUUGAAUAACUAGUGUACAAAGGAAUAUCAUUUUCACAAACAAACCAACAACUGUUCCAUGAACAAUCAACUGUGAUGUAUUUGGUUGUAGAGCAUAGACUUGCAUAUAAAUGACUGUCCUGUUCUGCUUUCAAUUCAAUACUCUGUUGUAUUGGAAACAAAACACACUAUUACAGUCCAGCAGAUCUGCAGUCUCAUGAGCGGUCUUUCCCCACAGUCUUGGGUGAUGGUGUAUACAAAGACAACUGGGAUCUCGGGGAAAAAUGUAAUCAUGAUGUAAUCGGUAAUCUUCAGGUCGGAAAGUCGGAGCUCUGGAAAGAGGCCCAAGUUUCUGAGUUGGAUGACGGUUCCAAGCGAUUUGGCGUAUCCAUGUUUUUGCCUGAAACAUAUUUUUUUCAGACGCUUGACUUAAUAUUUAAAGGAGAAAUACGGUAACUUGAAGUCAAAUCUUUCAAAAUGUGUAAAUAGAAAAAUGGAUUACUAGUGAAUCAUUUAUUUCAAAUGUUUUGUUUUGGCUCUUCCAUCAGCCAGUAUCUGAAAUGCCAUUUGAUUUCACCCCCUGUUUUUUGUUGUUGGUUAACGUGGUCUUUUCUUUGCUGCCUAUGUAUCAUCAUCCCUCAUUUUUGUACAAAAGUCAAUAAAACCCAAUUGUAACUCAAA